AAUUCACAUGUGGGCUAGAUAAGAAGAGAAAGAGAGGAGUUGUGGCAGGCAAAUCUGUCUUACCUUCUCCUGCUAAUACCGCCAAAAUGGAAGACUCGUGUUUUUAGUAAAUGGUAUAAAUUGACGCGUUUUUCAACAAAAUUUCCUGAUUAAUGUGAGCAAAGGUAUUAGUCGUAUUACCCAUUCCAAACUUAUCUUCAUAUGUUUUGUCGGAAGUCAUUGUUGAAAUAACUACGUUUUCCACAUGUUUGUUUAGUACAACCAGAUCCAUCUUGGAGUUUUCCUAAGUUUCAGUAAAGGACACUGUUAUUUCAUCAUCCAUAAUGCAAGUAGAUCGUAAAUUAUUUGCUGAGAAGCUUAAAGCUUUUAAAGAUGGGCCAAAUCAGCAAACACAAAGUAGUCCGGGUUUUGGAAUGAAGGUUCUGGAGAAUGUUAAUCAACGGAUGCUACCAAGCUUAUCCUUCAAAAGCUUAGGAGAAGUUUCCGUUCCAAUUCUUUCAGAGGAUUUAGUAAAAUUGAAAUCAAUUUCAGAACCUGUUCACAACCUGAAAGGACUGUGGGAAAUAGAACUACAAUCUGAUAUAAUGAAGAAGGAGGAUUCUCACUUCGCUAAAUAUCUCAACCAAACUAUUCCCCUUAUGAUUGACCUGGUACUAAGGCACUUAAAACUGAGCAGAGAACAAGUGCAUGGAUUGAGUGUCCGACCACGAAAAUUAACGAUUAUGGAACCUGGAACUGGGACGAGAAUCUAUCCGACGAAUAACACCCCUGAAGUCUUUGCCACUAUGAUUGUCCAACUUCCGUUUCAAGGUGGCCAUGAAGGUGGCGCUAUCAAAGUGACUCGAGAAGAUCAACUAUGCUCAUUCGAAAACUCACGGGAUAGCAGCAGAUUGUUCUACUACACGAUUUUUGUGUCAAACGCUUCGUGUCAAAUGACCGAAUUGAACAGCGGGUCGAGGGUGAUGAUAAUCUUCGAUCUUCUUUGUUCUAACCCUUCAACGUUAUUUCCUUCAACUACAUACUUGAAAGAUGUUGCUAGUAUUUUGCUAGAACUGAGUCCUAGAGGUCCUGAUCGCCUUUUGGCCAUUCCGUUAGAAAAGGAAGAAAUUUCGUUUUCUUCCUUGGCUCCUGGAACUCGUCGUCUGCUUGAUCUAUUUAUUUCUAUGAAUUUUCUUCAUGUUCGGUUGGCCCUUGUCUGCCACUACCGCAUGGGCAAGGCAAACCAACGAAUGGGAUGCCCCUGUUGUCUGAGACGUAAAUGUCCCUGCGAAGAAGUUGUUAUGGUCGGAAUAUCCAAAGAAAAGAUUUCCACGACCAAGUGGCUCGACCCGUUGAAUCAAGAAAUGCAUUUCGAUAAUCUAAACAUCAACAUGGAAACAGAAAUAGUGGGCGAUGGGCCUAUCUUUUUCGAAAAACCGACCGAAGAACUUCUUCAAGCUGGGUCGUGUUUACUGGAACAAUGGUUUUAUCGGCCCAUGCUAGUUAUCUGGCACAAGGAGCGCUCUGUGCAACUUGACUGUUUCCAUAGGUUUGAUAUUCUACUGGAAACCCUAGAACAACAAACAAAAGAGGAAGUUGUACGUUCUUUGGAUGAAGUCAUAACGUUCUGCCAGCAACAUCCUGGUAUUGCCUGGAAGACAGAAAAUGCUAGCACCCGUUUGCUGAAACUCUGUCUCCGACAUGGUGCGAAUGACAAGGUCAUUCGGUUAUUGGAAAUUCUAGGAGAUACUGAAGGAAUUCUUACUGAAUCCCUGGCGGAUCUCCUAGCCGAAGUGAUUUCAUCCAUCGACUGGAAUUUAUGCAAGAGUUCCAUAGAAAAACUGAUCUGUUGCCAUCGUGCUCAAGAACAAAUGCGCCACUAUUCGCGCUUGACCCUCACGUUGCUGAACGUGGGAAGUUACCAAGCCGCUACGGUGAUCAUGAGCAAGAUCUGCACGAUCUUGUCCACUGGCAACGUCAUGGCUCUACUCGAAAUCCCUGUUUUGGCUGCCUGUAUUGACGUGAUGGUAACGUUCGACGAAAAUCUCGUAACCAAACAUCCACAGCGACUAGCCAAUCUCGCAGCGCAUAUGAAAGAAAAAUGGACAAGUUUCGUGACUGUAUUCCAAUUGUUAACUCAUGUCCAACAAUUCCUGGACGCGCGACCAUCCGAACGCAUUCCAGACACCGCGGUUUUAUGGUAUUACAAUCUUUGUCUUCAUCUUACUGGAUUAGUUAUACUAUCCACUCCGCCGGAAACAGUACUCUCAGCUUUAAAGCUUCUCGUUUCCAGCGGCGAUUCCACAUUAUCCGAAGCCCUUGUCAGCCAACUCUCUAGCAAAGAUAACCAGGAAAAUGGAGUUCUGCGUCGUGUAAUUGCAACAGAAGCCUUCUGGAAAUUCGUUGAAGAGUCUACGGAGUAUAAGAAAAUUGCGACUCCAUUAAUCGAUAAUCGGAUUCAAUGGCUGGUUGCUAUUCCUAAACCUGUAGCCACUUGGGCAGUCCCUAAUGCCUCAGUUGUUGGCCACCCUUUAGUUGAACAGUUUAUGCGCUCAAACGAGAGAUCAAUGACCUACUCCAAUUUCAACAACAUCCAACAUGCCCGCAAUUGGAUGAGAAAGCAUUAUCAUGAGAUCUGCCAUUAUGCUGAACUUGAAGUGGGAGGCGCUGGAGGCAGGGCUUAUUGUGAAAUCACCAAGUCGAAAAUGCGUUACGUUGGAAGUGACGUGAAGGCUGCUCUAUGCCAUAAAGAAUUGAUGGAGUUAAUUGAACAGCGUCUGAAGAAACUUGGUGACGCUCUCUACUCUGUCGUCAAGAAUGAAGAAACCAAUGAGAUCUGCGCGGUCGAGGUUCUCCAAUCUAGAGGACCAGUAACUGAAACUGCCCAUGCAUCGGUAAAGAGUGGUCCCUACACAACCGUAUUGCCACAUACCCUUGUUACCUCAAAUCCCGUGUUCCUGAAUGGAGCAGGGACGCAGUCAGUUAGGCUCAUGUCCAACGUCCAGCUGGCCGUGAAGACGCCUACUUCUGCUGUUCAACAAAUGAUCGUCAAACCCACUGCAACUCCUCCAAAACCGGCAAGUACGGAAAGUUGUGCUGCUGCAAAGACAACCGUAAAGAAUGUGGCAGUCAUUACAAAAUCCAAUGCUGCCAUGAUUCUUCCUCUGAAUCAAGUGAAUCAUCAAGCUUUUCCUUCCCCACAGUCAAUCAAAUUUCCUGUAGAACACAAGUCUAAUAUUCCUGUUGUCAAACCCUUGUUAUCCGCUAAAGCCUCCUCGCCAAUAUCAACUCCCAAAAGGCCACGAGUAGCUAAGAGACCCCUCGCCUCGGUCAUGAUUUUGCCAUCCAACGUUAAUCCUUCAGCAGCUGCCGCUAAUCCGCAUGAAGCCCUCCAUGCAAAAGAAGAAUCGAUUUCCUCGCCUGCCAAACGAAUAAAAUCGGAUCUUGUUUAAUUAUUUGAGUAUCAAUAACUUGGAAGCGUACUUCAUAUUGUGAAAGUGUUCAUUGAAUCAUUUACGUUUUACUGUUUUUUGCCGGUUUUUGUUUCUCUGUUCACCUGAUCAAGUUUAGCCUUGUACUUUUUAAUGUGACGUCUAUAAUACUGUUUUAAUGUGUGUUUUUUUUUAAUAUGGACCAAGAUAAAGUUACUUUUCAACCUUUUCCAA